AUGCUUUCUAAAUUAGGAGGAACUUUUGCACCAAAACCAUCACAUGGACCACAUGGAAUGAAAGAAUGUCUUCCACUCAUUCUUAUUUUGAGAAAUAGAUUGAACUAUGCAUUAAAUGGAAGAGAAGUUACAAUGAUUGUUAAGAACAGAACAAUCAAAAUUGACGGAAAGAUUAGAACUGACACUAGAUAUCCAGUUGGAUUUAUGGAUGUUCUUUCUAUCCCAAGAACUAAAGAAAACUUUAGAUUAAUGUAUAACACUAAAAGAAGAUUUUGCUUAGUUCCAUUAACUGCUGAACAAGCUAAAUUCAAAUUAUGCAAAAUUGAAAAGAGAGUACUUGGAACUGGUGCUAUUCCAUACAUUGUUACUCAUGAUGGUAGAACUAUUAGAUAUCCACAUCCAGAACUUCAAGCUAAUGAUACAAUCAAACUUAAUCUUGAAACAGGAAAAAUCGUUGAUUUUGUUAAGUUUGAUAUUGGAAAUACUGCUAUGAUGAUUGGUGGUAAUGGUAUGGGUCGUGUUGGAGUUAUUGUUAAAAGAGAAGUUCAUCCAGGAUCAUUUGAAAUUAUUAAACAAUGUCUUUGUUAUUGGUAA